CAUUUCUGCCCUGGACACAGAUUCCUCUUAUCUGACCGUUGCCUUGGUUUCCUCUCUUCUCCCUGUCCCUCAAGGUUAAUCCUCCUACCCAUUGCACUGUCUUACUCUCAGAAUCCUCUCCAUCAGAGGCAGUAAAACAACGGCAUUAAACACCUGAACCCUUGUCAGGAAAUUCAAAACCUCUCUCCCAUUCCGAAGGCUCUCCAGCCGAAAACAUGACGACAGAAUUGCUUUCCCCAUCCUACGAGCUGGUUGAUUCCAGCCGCCCCAAAAAGAGUGUCCGAGCCCCCUUAAGGAUCUUGGAUCCCGGUCGGACGAAACUGAGCACUGUUGAGACCAAGAGGAUCAUAUCUGUCUUGGAUGAGACCAUCUUCAGGAUAGAAUUGGUCAGCGUCUUCUCCCAUGUCAUUGAGAACCUCGAUGAGUUCAUUGCCGUGCUAGGUCCUGACCUUACAGGAGCCUUCCGGGAACAUCUACGCCUCUCCAACAUCCUGGAAUUUAUGCUUUCUCACCAGGAGGAAAACGUUCUCUAUAUAGGCUCCGGUAAAGGCACUUUUUUUGGCAUUGUGGAUCCGGAGGGUUAUCUCACUUUGCAAGUUCAAGGUCUCAAGAGUUCCGUCCGAAAUAUUCUGCGCCUGCUUUACACCAAUACGGUCGCUUGUCAAGCGCUGAGGGACGUGGCUUACUGCAGGGACCUGUCCGUCCAUAAAUUUAUUAAUUGCCUGUCCAAGCAGAGAGGGUUCCUCUUUGAGCAGCUCCUCACCACCCCCCUAGAAGAAAAAGAGAAAUGUCGGUUUCUGUAUGAAGUCUUCCAGAGAGACAAGAAAAACACAGAGAUUGCGGCAGGUCUGGAAGAGGAACUGACGGCAGCCAUCCAGAACAGGGACGAGGAGAUUUCCAAGAAGAACACCGUCAUCAAAGACCUGAAAAGUCACUUGCACAGCCUGGCCAAGUUCUCCGAAAGUCAAAUCCAGCGCACCCGGGCCGAAGCGGAGAAGCAGCACAAGACGGAGGUGCGCACCUCCCAGACGAAAUGUGGCAAGUUGCAACAGGAGCUGCAGCAGCUGCGAGCUCAGUUCAACGCCCUGGUGGUUGAGGAUCGCGAGUCGGAACUGAACCUUCGGAAGAAGAAAUACAAGGUGGAAAUGGAGAUAGAAAAUUGGGUCCAAAAGUAUGACCUCGAAAUGAUCGAAAAGCAGGAGGAGAUCGAUGAGAUUGAUGAGGUCUACGUGAACGAGAAGCAGGAUCUGUCCCAACUGCGGGAGAAAUACGCCCGACUGGACGAGGAGUACUGCCAGAUCGUGGAGGAGAGGAGGGUGAGGCAGGAGCAGAAGGACAAAGCCGAGAAGGAGCUAGCCAUCCUGGCCCGGGCGGCUACUCUGAUCCAAGCCGUGUGGAAGGGCUACUUGGUGAGGUCGCUGUUACGGAGCAAAAGGAAGAAGAAGGGAAAGGGGAGGAAGAGUACGAGCAGGAGAUGAAGGUUGAGCGUUAAUCAAUGCCUGUCCGUAUCCGUUUUGGUGACUGGGCUGCCCUGGCCAGCUUCGGAGAGGGAUGGAGCCCUUCCGAGGAUUCUUUAUGCUUCUUUAAUAAAGUCGAUCAUU